AUGUUAAAGAAAAGCAAAAUAAUAAUUUUUAAAUACAUUCUUUACCUCGUUAAUGGAGCUUCCUUGAUUCUUGGAUUUUUACUCAUGGGAUUUGGCACAUGGCUUUUGUUAGAUAGAAACAAUUUUUUAACUGUUUUGGAUGAAAAGAAUCACUUGAUAGCAUAUGUUUCUCAACUGCUGAUUGGAACUGGAUCUGCUACUGUUAUUCUUUGUCUUUUGGGUUAUUUGGGAAUUCACAAAGCAAUCAGAUGUCUCCUAAUUCUGUAUGCAGCACUGUUAAUGUGUCCCAUUGGUGUUCAAGUUGUACUUUCAGCACUCAUCUUCACAAAGAAAGAGGAGGUUCAUCAAAUAUGGCAUGAUGAAUUUGAUUUAGUCAUUUUGAAGUACGGAUCUAAAAAUAUGCCUGAAGACCUACCCAAGUGGAUUAUUCUGAAUUUGUUCCAGAAAACAUUACAGUGUUGUGGCCAAAACAAUUAUACGGAUUGGAUAAAGAACAUGAAUAAAGAAAACUCAGAACAGGUACCAUGUUCGUGCACAAAUUCUACAUUAAGAAAAUGGUUUUGUGAUGCACCACUGAGUGCAACUUACCUAGAGGGUUGUGAAAAUAAAAUCAGCGCAUGGUAUGAUGUUAAUGUUUUAACUUUAAUUGGAAUUAACUUUGGACUUUUGGCCUCAGAGGUUUUGCAAGUCUCAUUAACCAUUUCUUUCUUCAGACAUACCAAGAAUGAAAUACAUCCAGAAAAGUGA